CACAAGGGCCGGCCAGGCGCCCGCGCCCUUUGCUCUAGGCGACUGCGAGCUCGUGGAGGUAGGUCCCGGCGGCGGCGGCGGCUGCGCGGCGGCAGCGCCGAGACAGCUCCUGCACGGAGGCGGGAAGUCUUCCGCACGGGGGCGCUGCCACCUGCGCAGGGGAGGUUCCAAAGGGGAACCGGGUUUUUGUGCCGCUCCGACGCGCUGGAGUUGGGAGAACCCAUCCUGACCAUGAAGGGCAGCAAAGGCAUCGAGAACCCGGCUUUCGUCGCCUCCAGCCCGGACACCCCGCACCGUUUGUUUGCAUCGCCCUCUCACGUCGAAGUCUCUGACUUGGCCAUCAAAUCCCAGGGACCGAAUUCGAAGCCACAGGAGCCCCCGGAGUCCCAGACGUCACCGGAGGCACACCAGCCUUCAGCGGCUCCCUCUGCUUCCCAGGAGCUGUCCAGGCCAGAGUCGCCGCCCGAGUUUGAGGAGGGACCCUGCGGGUGUGGGAACUUGCAACCGCAGUGCCUCCAGCCCUGCAACACACCCCAGGGCUUUCUGCUUUUCUAUUGCCUCUUGGCCCUCACGCAAGGUAUUGUAGUAAAUGGCCUCGUAAAUAUUAGCAUUUCCACUAUUGAGAAGCGCUAUGAAAUGAAGAGUUCCCUGACGGGCCUGAUAUCAUCAAGCUAUGAUAUCUCAUUCUGUGUGUUGUCUUUAUUUGUGUCAUUCUUUGGUGAAAGAGGACACAAACCAAGGUGGCUUGCAUUUGCAUCCUUUAUGAUAGGACUGGGAGCACUUGUAUUUUCACUGCCAAAAUUUUUUAGUGGAAAAUACCAAUUGGGGUCCCUAUUUGAAGAUACUUGCUCAGCAACAAGGAAUGGAGCCAGUUGUACCUCUUCAAGUUCUUCACUUUCUAACUACUUGUAUGUGUUCAUCUUGGGACAACUCUUGCUGGGAACAGGAGGAACUCCUCUUUAUACCCUGGGAACAGCUUUUAUUGAUGAUUCUGUGCCCACACACAAAUCUUCUCUUUACAUAGGAAUUGGCUAUUCUAUGUCAGUAUUAGGCCCUGCUAUUGGUUAUGUGUUGGGAGGACAGCUGCUAAGCAUGUACAUUGAUGUGAACAUGGGACAAAGCAUAGAUAUUACUGAAGAUGAUCCACGAUGGCUGGGGGCAUGGUGGAUUGGAUUUCUUCUGUGUUGGCUCUUUGCUUGGUCUUUGAUAAUUCCUUUUUUAUGCUUCCCAAAACAUUUACCAGGUACAGCAAAAAUUCAAGGUGAAAGAAUUUCCCAGACUCACCAGGAUAAGAGUAGUUCCUUAAAAGACACCGAGGAGAGUUUUGGAACAAGCUUUAAAGAUUUUCCAGCUGCCCUAAAGAAUUUGAUGAGGAAUACUGUCUUUAUGUGUUUAGUUUUUUCAACUUCCUCAGAAGCCUUAAUUACUACUGGAUUUGCUACAUUUUUACCUAAAUUUAUAGAAAAUCAAUUUGGAUUGUCUUCCAGCUUUGCAGCUACCCUUGGAGGGGCUGUUUUAAUUCCUGGAGCUGCUCUUGGUCAGAUUUUAGGUGGUGUACUUGUUUCAAAACUCAAAAUGACAUGUAAAAACACAAUGAAGUUUGCUUUGCUCACAUCUUUAGUUGCGCUUGUGCUGAGUUUUGUAUUUGUUUAUGCCAACUGUGAAAAUGAGCCUUUUGCCGGUGUGUCUGAAUCAUAUAAUGGGACAGGAGAACUGGGAAACUUGACUGCUCCUUGUAAUGCCGGUUGUAACUGCUUUCAAUCAUAUUAUUAUCCUGUCUGUGGAGGAGAUGGGGUCCAGUAUUUCUCUCCCUGCUUUGCAGGUUGUAAAAAUUCUCUUUUAAAAAGACAGCCAAAGGAAUAUUACAAUUGUUCCUGUAUUGCAAGGAAUACAGAAAUAACUCCUACUUCGGCAAGUUUUAUUUCUGAAGCUAAAGCUGGAAAAUGUGAAAGUCGAUGUGCAAAUUUGCCCAUAUUCCUUGGCAUUUUCUUUGCUACAAUUAUCUUUACAUUUAUGGCUGGUACUCCUAUAACUGUGUCCAUCCUAAGGUGUGUUAAUCAGAGGCAACGGUCCCUAGCAUUGGGAAUACAGUUUAUGCUGCUUCGAUUAGUUGGCACAAUACCUGGACCAAUUAUAUUUGGUAUCACAAUAGACAGCACGUGUAUUCUGUGGGAUUUUAAUGAAUGUGGAACUAGAGGCGCUUGCUGGAUUUAUGAUAACAUCAAGAUGGCCUACAUGCUAGUAGCCAUAAAGAUGAAGAGCAAUCUAACAGGGAUUAUGUGGCAUGCCAGAAAAAUGACAAGGUUAGUGCCUAGGGUAAGUAUGAUACCUAUUUUUUCACAUUAUUUUAACAAAUUUAGAGUAUGUGGCUUUCCAGAGAGUCAAAUUCAGCAUCUAAACUUUAAUAUCUCAUUCUACUUUCCAUAGUGUUAUGAAAGAAGAAUUUUUUUUAAAUAACUGACAAAGAAGACAUAUGGUUAAAUUAUGAGAAAAAGUCUUUAUAAUUAAAGUUUUAAAAUUUGUAAGAUAUGAGAAAUCAUGUUCAAGUCAGGUUCUGGAACUUUCUUUUCAGGAGAUUAUACUUUAUUGAUAUUUUUCCAUAUUACUUAAAAUUACAAUAUUGUUAUAGGAGUGUUGAAACAAAAUAAUCCUAUUAUCCCUUUAGUCCUUUCUCAAUCUUUGUCUAUUUAAUUUUAUAAAACUGGAAAAUGCAAUCGUGUUACAAGGAAUGUUGCUCUACUUCACCCCCCUCCCUCCACCUUUCAUUUAUAAUCUCAUGGACAUAGUCAAUAACUCUCUAGGUAUAUCUAACCCACUGUUCAAGCAACCUCAUAGAUUUCCAGUGUAUGAAUAUAAUGAUUAGUUUAAUAUUCCUUUCCUUAAUUAAAAAAAACAAUAUGGCAGUCCACUAUGUUUAAUUAGGUUUGAAUGCACUUCUGGUCAGACAGGAGAUGAAUUUGAUGAGUCUAUCAGCUACCAAGACUAGACAAUCUUACAUGGUGGUAUAUAAUAUAGUCUUUCUGAUAGGUUUGAUACUUCAGGACAUAAAGUGAUCUUAGAAGGAAAUUGAAAGAAGAUAAAGUUUUCUUUGUCAGUAUUUUUGAAACCAUGUCAUUCAACUUCAUAGAUCUGAGACUGGUAUCUUAGAAAUAUUUCAAAGGAGUAACAAAUUUUGAAUAGAACAUGAAGAGGACAAGAUUAAAUUUAUAUGGCCAAUUAAUCUAUGACAAAAGAGGCAAGAAUAUACACUGGGGAAGACAACCUCUUCAACAAAUGGUGUUGGGAAAACUGGACGGCAACAUGCAAAAGAAUGAAACUGGACCACUUUCUUACACCACACACAAAACAAAUCCAAAAUGGAUUUAACCUUUAGUCCAGUAUAAUAAUGACAUGGUUUCUUCAAUCAAGGGAAACAAAAGAAAAUUUAAUCUAUCAGAACUACACCCAAAAUAAAAAGGAUUUUGCACGGAAAAGGAAAGAACAAGGAAAUAUUAACAAAACAAAAAGGCAACCUAUGCAGUGGGAGAAGAUAUUUGCAAAUGAUACAUGCAAUAAGUUAAUAUCAAAAAUAUAUAAAGUAUUUAUGCAACUCAACACACAUGCAUACACACACACACACACACACACACACACACACACACACACUCA